AUGCGCGCGGCGUCGACGGCGUCGACGGCGUCGACGUCGGCGCCCUCGACGUCGGCGCCGACGCUCGGCGCGCGCGCGGCCGGCGCGCGCGCGCGCGUCGCCGUCGCGCUCGGUCGACCGCUGCGACCGAACGCGCGACGCGCGACGCUGAAGCCGCCGCCGAUCGACCUCGAGGGAGGGGCGCCGACGGCGUGCGCGGAGAUUGAUUACGAACGCGACGUCGUCGCGGCGAACGUCGGCGCGCGCGCGCUCGGGGAAGCGCUCGCGCGGUUGCGCGAACCGCUGGUGGUCAGGGGCGGCGCGAAGGCGUGGCGCGCGAGCGGUCGGUGGACGCUGGAGACGCUCGUGCGAGAAUACGGCGAUUGGCGGUGCGACGUGCGCGUGAUAGCGUCGCCGGAGACGAACGAUGGACGGGAGUUCGUGUACUGCGAGGAGUCGCACGAGGCGGUGCGAGAGGGAAAGUUCGCGGCGCCGAGCGCGACGGCGACGAUGGAUUUCGCGACGGCGGCGGCUAAAGUUUUGAGAUUUCACGGCGAUGGGGCGUACGUGCAGUCAAAAAUAUCGGAGAAAAUGACGCUGGAAUGCGUCGGGGGAGUGAGCGAUGCGUUCGGCGCGCUCGGUGAGGAGUCGCAGGAGCGCAGGCUGUGGCUCGCGCUCGCCGGGUCGGUGUCGCCGAUGCAUUUCGACGCGUCGACGAGCACGUUGGUCCAAGUCGGCGAAGGAACGAAGCGCAUGCUUUUGUAUCAACCAUUCGCGCUUUCUGCGAUUGACUUGUAUCCAAAUUGGCAUCCUCUUCGUCGACGAGGAAGACGCUUCGCGCCGAAAGCCCUUGUUAGAGAGGCUAUCAUCGCGCCAGGAGACGCGCUCAUUUUCCCUCCGCGCUGGGCGCACUACACUGAAAGUUGUGGCGAUCGAGUGUCCGCAUCGGUUACGCAGCGAUUCAAGCACAGUCGCGGCAUGAAGUACAGCGAUGAUAUCGCAGGAAAAUUUCAACGCUGGGCGAAUAAUCGCGACAGACCCAAUGCGCUUGCGCGUCUCGUCUCCAGCGGGCUCGUGGAGUCUGACGUCGGCACAGUUUUGCCACGCAACGCACGCACGGGUGAAGUGAUGCCGAUCGAUUCGAGUGGUUGGGAAAGGUCGACAAAUGUUGAGUGGCGCACUGCGGCGAUCGAGUGCGCGACGAUGAUCAAAGAACACAUCGCAGAGGGAGAUUUAAUUGGGAUUUAUAGUCGUGGUUCCGUGGCAAAUGGAACUGCGCGCAAAAAUAUUUCUGACGUUGACUUGAUCGUCAUCACUCGUCAACGCGGAUUGGACGAAGACUUCGUGCGCGACGAUUUACAGCAACGGUGGCUACCUCGUCACGCACACAUGGUGAAGAAAUGUGAUGUUCGUUUUGAGUACGUCGCGUCGGAAGCAGAAAUCGCAACGAGUGCUUCGGUGGAUACUUUUGUCAUCGCGACGCAAAGCGUAACCAUUUUCGGAUCACCCCUUCCAACUUCCCUGCCAUCGAGCGCGCGAAUUCCGAAGCCUCGAAUUUUGGAAAGCGUGCAGGACGACGUCGACGCCGCGAUUCGGCAUGGUUCAGAACGCUCGCUCACGUGGGCGUUGAAACGUCUCAUCAGGGCGUCCUACGAGAAGUAUGCUUUGCCCGUUGAUGGUGUUGAGUACACGAGAGAUUUGUAUCAUUGCGUCAGAUUAGCACUGCUGCACGCGAAUAUUGAUGUUACGAGCGAAUUGACGACGGCCCUCGUGCUCUGCGUGCACUCGCCUCGUAAGGUGUGUGGCGAUGUCUUGUGGAGAGCGCUGACCGAAGCCCUUUGUCGUCGUUUAGUAGCUGCGCUGAGUUGUAUUUGA